AUGAAGCCUGGGAGAUCAACAUCUUUUGAAAGGGAAAAAACAGGGGAGCCAGGGACUAACUGGGAAUCCGAGUCACAUCAGACACCGAUCACCCAACAUCAGCUUGAGCCAGAAAAUAUACCUGCAGCCAGCUCAGCAUGUAAGACUCAGCAGAGACCCAACAUCCAACAGGAGCCUGCAUUUCUGCACAGACCCCUCACUCAGCAGGAGUUGCUUGUCCAAGAGGAAUAUGAAUCUCAACAGGAACCCAGAACCCAAUCAAACUCGGUUUGGCAGCAAAAAUGUCUUGCCCCAGGGGAGUCUGUGCUGCAGCAAUCAUUUCCCAUGCAAAAGGCACCCCUCAGCCAACAAGAUGCUACCUACCAGCAGGCAUCCAGGCCAGAAAAGGAAUCUGAGAAUCAGCUUGAACCAGGAUUAAGAGAGGAUUGUGUCUCCCAGCCAGGAGAUGGCUUCCCAGGAUGGCUGCCCACAAAUCAACAAGAAUUUGGGUCCACAUCUCCAAUCCAAUUGGGAAAGCCCACAGAACCUACAUCCCUAGAGACACCAAGACCCUCAGACCCUCUGGCCCAGGAAGCCCCAUCCCAGGAGAAAUCUGAACCCAGGUGGAGCUUUCUUUCCAAACUGCAGGAAUUGCCUUUCCCUCAUCCAGCCCCAGAGUGGAAGACUUUUUUCAAGUUGGUCACAACUUCCAAUUCAGAAUUAGAUAUGGAAUCCCCUUUGGAAACCACUUUGCCAUACAUGAAGGAGGAUUCGGCAUCAGAGCUGAAGCUGGUGUCCUUGAAGAGGAAUUCUAGUUAUGAAGUGAGGUCAGGAUUGGGGGGGUCACAAUUCCUCAGGAAGAAUGUCGGUAACCUGAAUCACAGGAUCCAGCAGAGCACAGGGCUGGCGCCCCGCCUCUACCUUGAAUCGCCCCUGAACUCACCACCCCAGGGCACCGCACACUCCGUCCCUGGCCGAACGGAAGGAAGCCCAGCGGGCAGGCCUGGGCCCCUAGAAUCUAGGGGAUCCCGAAGUGGGAAGCCCGGGGGGCACCUGCCCGAAGGCCGCUUUUCGCUGCCCUCAGGGGCUGCAUUUUUGUGGGCCCCGGGCCCUUUAAUGCCGUGUAACGAACGGGGCGGGCCAGGCCUGGCCUUAGCGUGUGGGGUGGACUCUCCGCCGGUUCUCCCUGGAAUUGGCUGGCACCCCGGGACCGUGGGGACGGCGGAGAAAUUGAUGGAGUCCGCGGGGGACAGGGGGCCCGACGAGGCCCCCCAAGGCCCGGCCUCGAAGAAGGCCAAAAAAGGCUCCAGGAGCCUCAACCCCCGACAAUGGCGGAGAGGCAAGGCCAAAGCCUCGUGGGUCGUACGCAGCAUGGACCUCCACACAAUGACACAGUCGCUGGUGACUCUGGCAGAGGACAACAUGGCCUUCUUCUCUAGCCAGGGCCCUGGGGACACAAUCCGGCGGUUGUCGGGUGUGUUUGCGGGUAUUCGGGAGCAGGCGCUGGGGCUGGAGACCCCACUGGCCUACCUCCUGAGCAUGGCGCACCUCUUUGACCUGGACGCAGAGACCCCCGCGAAUGGGUACCGCAGCCUAGUUCACACAGUGCGCUGCUGCCUGGCACACCUGCUGCACAAAGCCCGCUACGUGGCCUCCAACCGCCGCAGCAUCUUCUUCCGUACCCACCAUAACCUGGCAGAGCUUGAGGCCUAUCUGGCCGCCCUCAUCCAGCUCCGCGCCCUGACCUACUAUGCCAAGCACCUUCUGGCCACCAACCAGACAGGGGGCCUCUUCUUCGAGGGGGAAGAGGAGGUGCUGUCCGAAUUCCUACGCGAGUACGUCAGGCUCCACAAGGGCUGCUUCUACGGCCGCUGCCUGGGCUUCCAGUUCACGCCUGCCAUCCGGCCCUUCCUGCAGACCAUCUCCAUCGGGCUGGUGUCCUUCGGGGAGCACUACAAGCGCAAUGAAACAGGCCUUGGUGUGACCGCCAGCUCCCUUUUCACCAGCGGCCGCUUCGUCAUCGACCCAGAGCUUCGGGGGGCGGAAUUUGAGAGGAUCACGCAGAAUCUGGAUGUGCACUUCUGGAAAGCUUUUUGGAAUGUCACGGAAAUCGAGGUGCUAUCGUCUCUCGCCAACAUGGCCUCAGUCACUGUGAAGGUCAGCCGCCUCCUCAGCCUGCCGCCUGAUGCCUUUGAAAUGCCGAUGGCCUCUGACCCCAAGCGCCUGGUUACCAUCGCACCCCCCAUGGCCCAUACAGGCCCGGGGCCCGUUCUCGUUAGGCUCAUCUCCUACGAACUGCGAGAAGGACAGGACAGCAAAGCACUCAAUGACCUGGUGAAGCCCGAGGGUCCCUGGAUCCUGGACCGGUGGCCGCGUCCCAUGAAGGUGCCCCGCUCCCGGGCCCUUGUCGUGCAUAUCCACGGUGGGGGCUUCGUGGCCCAGACCUCCAAGUCUCACGAGCCCUACCUCAAAAGCUGGGCGCAGGAGCUGGGCGCCCCCAUCAUCUCCGUUGACUACUCACUGGCCCCGGAGGCGCCCUUCCCCCGAGCACUGGAGGAGUGUUUCUACGCCUACUGCUGGGCCGUGCAGCACUGCCACCUGCUCGGCUCCACAGGCGAGCGGAUAUGCCUUGCGGGGGACAGCGCAGGCGGGAACCUCUGCCUCACCGUAUCCCUGCGGGCCGCAGCCUACGGGGUACGGGUGCCUGAUGGCAUCAUGGCUGCCUACCCCGCCACCAUGCUGCAGACUACGGCCUCUCCGUCCCGCCUGCUGAGCCUCAUAGACCCCCUGCUGCCCAUCAGCGUGCUCUCCAAGUGUGCCAGUGCCUAUGCCAGUGGGGAAGCAGAGGUACAGUCCGACUCAGAGGAGGCGUUGGGCAUGAUGGGGCUGGUGCGGCGAGACACGGCCCUGCUCAUCCGAGACCUCCGCCUGAGCGCCUCCUCCUGGCUCAACUCCUUCCUGGAGCUCAGUGGACAGAAAGUUAGGAAGAAUUCCGAGGGCAAAGCAGAGUCCAUGCGUCGCAGCGUAUCAGAAGCGGCGCUGGCCCAGCAGAACGACCCGAUGGGCACCGACUCUCUCAAGAGCCUGACCCUGCACCACGACCUGAGUCACAAGGGCAGCUCGGAGACCUUGAACCCUUCCGAGCUGUCGCUGUCGGCUGAGACGCUCAGGCCCUCCAAAUCCUCGGAAGUCAACUUCCUGCUGGGCUCCGAAGAGGAUGCGCCCGCCAAGGCCGGGGAGGCCAAAGAGGAGCAGCCGCCAGCCCCAGACAGAGCCCAAGGCGCGAAUGGCGUCUUCCCCAAGGGCUUCCUUCCCCAGUUCUCCCAGGACAUCCCGCAGAUGCCCCUCGAGCCUUCCCCCAUAGCCAAGAACCCCUUCAUGUCCCCGCUGCUGGCACCGGACAGCAUGCUGCAGACCCUGCCCCCCUUGCACAUCGUGGCAUGUGCGCUGGACCCCAUCCUGGACGACUCGGUCAUGCUGGCGCGGCGCCUGCGGAGCCUGAACCGGCCGGUGACACUGCGCGUGGUGGAGGACCUGCCGCACGGCUUCCUGAGCCUGGGCGCGCUGUGCCAGGAGACGCGGCAGGCCUCGGCGCUGUGCGUGGAGCGCAUCCGCCGCAUCAUCACGCUUCCGUCCGCACCCGUCCAGGUGCCCUAGGCCUCGUCUGAGCCCGCGGCGCGGGCGGGCGGCACUAAAGUCUCUGGCUCCCACCCGCGCCGGCCUCCAUGGUGAAUGCGCUCCCGGAGAGGGUGACAGGGCCCCCGCGAGAGGCUCGGGUGGGGACCCCAUCCCCAAUACUUGACUCCCCGGGAAGAGGCGAGCGGUGCCUUAACCUGGGGAGGGGGGAGGGCAGGGCCCAAAACUUUUAGACCCUGGCCUUAGGGUGGGGGCACCCAGAAAAAUCAGGCUUAUGGGGCUGGAGCUGUGGCGCAAGAGGUAGGGUUUUUGCCUUGCACCUAACCUAGGACAGAACGAGGUUCGAGUCCCCCAGCGUCCCAUAUGGCGAUUUCUGAGCGCAGA